UUUCUUAUUCGAGUCCAAGUCCCUGCUUUAAACCCAGGCUUCUUGAAUGAAGCACAAAUUUUUAACCGACCAAAAUGUCUUGCAAACAAAUACCCGACCCGCAUUUCAAUACCAUUUUCACCAUACCUUAAACCUCCAUUUGUUAUUUUACAAAAAAUUUUAAAGCCCUAGACUAGGGUUUUCACUUGCUUCUCCGAAAUAAAGAUCAAGUCUUCGUCGCGAUGCCGCAAGGUGAUUACAUAGAGCUACACAGAAAGAGGCAGGGUUAUCGCCAUGACUUCUUCGAGAAGAAGCGUAAGAAGGAAGCUCGCCAAGUUCACGAGCGUUCCGCUAAGGCUCAGAAGGCCCUUGGUAUUAAGGGUAAGAUGAUUGCCAAGAAAAAUUAUGCAGAGAAGGCCCUCAUGAAGAAAACAUUGGCCAUGCAUGAGGAAUCGUCAACUAGGCGCAAGGUUGAUGAUGAAGUGCAAGAUGGCGCUAUUCCUGCAUAUCUUAUGGAUCGUGAAAACACCACACGUGCAAAGGUUCUCAGCAACACGAUAAAGCAAAAAAGGAAAGAGAAAGCUGGAAAAUGGGAGGUCCCUAUACCCAAGGUAAGGCCUGUGGCAGAAGAUGAGAUGUUUAAGGUGAUCAGAUCUGGUAAACGAAAAACUAAACAAUGGAAGAGGAUGGUCACAAAGUGCACAUUUGUAGGACCUGGUUUUACAAGAAAACCUCCCAAAUACGAGCGUUUUAUCCGUCCGUCGGGAUUGCGAUUUACUAAAGCUCAUGUUACACACCCUGAACUCAAAUGCACCUUCAAUCUUGACAUCAUUGGGGUGAAGAAAAAUCCCAAUGGUCCAAUGUAUACCUCUCUUGGUGUUAUGACCAAAGGAACAAUCAUCGAGGUGAAUGUAAGUGAAUUGGGUCUGGUCACACCGGCUGGGAAAGUUGUUUGGGGAAAAUAUGCUCAAGUAACAAAUAACCCAGAGAAUGAUGGUUGUAUAAAUGCAGUUUUGCUUGUUGUUAUAUUUAGAUUUAGAUAUUUCAAUGCUUUUGAACCAAAUCUGUUUAUUUAUAAAUCUGAGUUUAUAAGAGUUAUGCCUUUUCCCUUGGUGUAUGGUACGAUAGAAAGUGAUCAAUUCGUAAGGAAUUUAAUUGGUGAUAGAAUGAUGACUUUCUUGAUGCUAAAAAGCAUAGAACUUUUUGGGGACAAUUAUCAUUUUUCUCAUUUAUUUUCAUUAUCUUAUAGAAUAAUUUUUUGGUAUAAUAUCACUUUGUCCACCACUUGACCUCUAGUUGCAUUU